AUGUCUGACCCAGCCUCGUCAACGCCUCUACCUUCGCCUCCUCUGCCUUCAUUGGAUCUCAACAACACGCUCGGUGUGCUACUUAUCACCGAGAUCCUGAUAUCAGUGCUAUUUGGUAUCGCCUGUGUGCAAGUUUAUAUGUACUUUCACAGUAGCAUCCGUGACAGCUCCCGCAUGAAGGGAAUAGUAUUGUUUCUAUGGAUUCUUGAUGGACUCCAUCUCGCGUUCACCUCACACGGUAUAUACCAAUAUGCCGUAAUGAAUUUCACAAAUCCUCUUGCAUUAACCCAGUGCCCAUGGAGCUUUUCAGCUGACAUGGUCUUUGCGGAGCUUAGCGAUUUCAUUUUAACAUCUGUCUUCGCGUACAGGAUCUACAAAAUCAGCGGGCAUAUGUGGCCGCUCAUCUUCAUUGUGCCACCUCAAAUCGUUAGCCUCACUGCAGGCCUUGCCAUUGCUGUACUAGUUCGCAAGGUUCCUGACUAUGGAGAGCUGGAUAAGCGAUACGCAUGGAUCUGGGAUACCAUGUUCUGUCUCCAGGCAGUCGCCGAUUGUGCUAUCGCCGCAUCUCUCAGCACAAUACUCGUGAGGCGUCGCACGGGCUUCAAGCGGACUAACUCGUUGAUUCGCGUCCUCAUUCUGUACACUAUCGGUACAUGCACUCUGACAAGCUCUGUGUCCGUUGCUUCUGUCAUCACAUGCAUCUCUGCACCUCACAACUUCAUAUACUUCUCCAUCGGCACACUCUUGCCCAAACUAACGAUGAACUCCCUGCUCGCUCUGCUCAACUCGCGCGAUGCUCUGCGCGAAAUGCAUGCCGGUCAGGUCGUGUCCGUCCAUUUCUCGAAGUUCGCCAGCAUCCUCAAACGCUCGGGCACGUCGGAUAAUGCAGGGGCGGCACCGGUCCACAUCUCAGACCACAUAUCCCAGGAGAUCAUCGACUCGGACCUCUCGGCAACCGCUGACAUUCUUGAUAGUUCGUUCGACUCGGAGUCCCAAGUUCCGGGAGAUCGUGCAGUCUGAGUUAUGCGGGAAAUGAGCUCAUGGGAACAUGCUCGACCUCACCAUUUGUUCUUCGGAUUGUUGGUGCUCGUGAAUAUGCAUGUAAAUUAUUAAUCGAGCCGUAGUAAAUAUUAGGACGUAUACCCC